AUGGCAAUCCUGCGCUUGACUCCCCUUGCUGCCGUCCUGGCACUAUCUGGCGUGGUACACUCUAUUCCCGUACCAGAGCCGCUCCUCUCCGAACUGGCCGACCCUUCCUAUGGUCCAAUUCCGGGCCAGUCCUCGUUGUACAGCACAUACAACGGCACAGCACCACCGUUCCCCGGCAACAUCACCGGUGCCAUCGUCAACACUACCUCCGGACCCCCUGGCGCUGACGACCUCCUCUUCCAGAACCUGCUGUCUGCGGAGUGGGUCAUCUUCUCCUUCUACCAACAAGGAGUCGAGCUAUUCAACAGCACUGCGUUCGUCGAAGCCGGCUUCCCCAACACCACCUACGAGCGUAUUCAGCAGAUCCGUGACAACGAAGCCGGUCACCUGCGUAUCUUUCAGGAUCAGAUCUCCACCAACUCGGUGAAGCCGGGGCCAUGUCAAUACGUGUUCCCCUUCGACGACCCAGUCAGCUACAUUGCGCUUCAGACCAUCAUUGAGGUCUCCAGCAUGGCUUUCCUCACCGGUCUCGAGCUGCAGGCCACGCUCACGUUGUCCAAGGCAGCUCUGGUCGCCAUCGCCGCGACGGAAUCGCGCCACAAUACCUGGUCGCUCAUCGACAACUUCAAAUCCAAUCCCUUCGCCGGCCCGGCAGACACCGUGUACCCCUACGCGAACCAGAUCCUCGAUUUUACCAAUGAGUGGAUCGUCAACGGCUCCUGCCCGGCCGAGAACCCAAUCUACCCGUCACCGCGCCAGAAUCUGCCCCAAAUAUCGCUCGCGGAGAACACAACGUCGAUUGCACCGGGUUCGACCGUCGUGUUCAACUUCUCCCAACCCGACAACCAGCCCCGGUUCACCUCGGGCAGGGACUACUACGCCGUCUUCUUCCACGGUGUCUACAACAUCUCGGUCCCUUUCAACACCACGGACUACUCGGCGGUAAUCCCAGCACAGAUCGACCCGGUGGGAGUCAUCAUUGCUGUCGUGGCCGACGAGGAAGGCGCGCCCACCAAAGAGAAUGUCCUGGCUGGGACGUUGAUUAUGCUUGAGAGUCCUGCCACGCUCGCCGCGUUAGAUAUCUGA